UAUUUGACAGUUUGACACCUGAUAAACGUACUCCAUUAACUAUUUAUUUUACAUUUAUUUAUCUAUCAAUUUAUAUUUCAUUUGACACAUUUGUUGUUGUGCGUUAAACUCAAAUGUCAUUCUUUGUUUCUAAAUUAUUGCUUGAAGCAAUUAAAUGUAAUAAUUUAUGUCAUUUUUUAUUUCGUUAUAAUUACAAUAAAAAAAUAUUAUAAUAUAAUAACUACGUCAAAAAAUUGUGUGUUAUUUUUUUGGGUGUGAUAUCUCUGAAAGUUUAUUAUAAAAAAUAUAUGAAGAAUGGAGGCUGUACCAAGGUUACCGAUGUUAUCAUUUGAAUUAAAAAUAAGUCCUGAACCAACAUCAUUUGGAUCAAAACUAAAACAAUACAUUCGAGAUUUUUACAAUGAAGAUCCAGAAUCUUAUACAAAUGAAAUUUAUCAAUUGGAAAAUCUUCGUGCAAUGGCUGUACGUCCACCUAUUGCUGUUAUUGGAUGUUCUUUACUAAAAAAGUAUUAUUGUCAAUUGCAUUUUGUACAAUCACGUUUUCCUAUGGGUACUGAUGAACCAGCUGCAGUACCAUUUUCAUGGAGAGACAGUUAUGCAAAUAUAGUAUUUACACUCAGUAAUAUUCGUUUUGAAAUAAUAUCAAUUUUGUAUAAUAUUGGUACAAUACAUACUCAACUUGGUGCAAAAACAGAAAGAACAACAGCUGAUGGUAUGAAAAUGGCAUGUUCACAUUUUCAAUGUGCUGCAUGGGCAUUUGAAAAUUUACAAAAUACAAAUCCUCAACCACCAGGUGUUGAUAUGACAUCUGAUUUAAUGAAAUUUAUGAAUCAAUUAUGUUUAGCACAAGCACAAGAAUGUAUACUUGAAAAAAGUAUGCUUGAUCAUAGAAAACCAACAAUUGUUGCUAAAGUUGCUAAACAAAUUGUUGAUUAUUAUAGUCUUGCAUGUCAAACAUUAGAACCAAAUAAAAAUGAAGAUAAUCCAAUAUCAGAAACAGUUGGUACAAAAAUAUAUAAAAGUUGGAAAAAUUAUGUUACAUUUAAACGUUCAUAUUAUAUGUCAGUAACAUAUUUAUAUCAAGGUCUUACAGCUGAAGAACAACAAAAAAUGGGUGAAAGAGUUGCAUUUUAUAAAGAAGCAUUGUCAUCACUUAAUUCAGCAAGAUUAUUAUAUACAAAUUCAAAAACAUCAAUAAUAAUAAAUGGUAUGACAAGUGAAAAAGAAUCAAUUGAAGAUUCACUUGUAUUUACAAAUGAUGUUAUUGAAGGUAAAAAAAAAGCAGCAACAAAUGAAAAUGAUUUUAUAUAUCAUGAAGAAGUACCAGAUAAAGAUGUAUUACCAACAAUUAAUGGUGCAUCACUUGUCAAAGGUAUAUCAUUUAGUGUUAAUGAUGCAGAAAUAUCUGGACCAGAUAUAUUUGCAAGAUUAGUACCAAUGAAAGUACACGAAGCAAGUUCAUUAUAUUCUGAAGAAAAAGCUAAAAUAUUACGUUCAAUUGGUAGUAAAAUUGAUGAAAAUAAUCAAUUAUUAGAAACAUAUUUAUCAUCAUUAAAACUUCAACAUUUACAAUUAUGGGAUCCUGAUAAUCCACUUAAUAAUGAUGAAUAUUUUUCAUUACCAGAAGAAUUAGUUGAAAGAUGUGCUGUAUUAAAUGCAAAACCAACAGCAAUACAUGAUUUAGAAGAAUUAAUGGAAAAAUUAUCAUCAACAUAUGGUGAUGUUGAAACAAUGCUUAAUGAUAUUAAUAAAUUAUUAACAAUUGAAGAUAAAAAAGAAAAAGAAUAUCAAGAUUUAGUUGGUAAACGUCCACCAACAAUUGUUGCAACAGAUUUAACAAGAGAAGCUAAAAAAUAUGAAGAAGCACAUGCUAAAGCAUCAGAAAGUAAUAAAGCACUUCAUCGUGCAAUGAAUUUACAUUUAAAUAAUUUACAUAUAUUAGAACAACCAUUAAGUGUAUUAAUUUCAAAUGUACCAUCAAUUGAAUCAAUUGAUAAAAUGAAUGAAAAUGAUAAAAAAAAUGUACGUGAAUUAAAAAGAAUGCUUGUUAAAGUUGAUCAAAUGCAAAUACAAAGAGCUGAUUUACAUGCAAAAUUAAGAGAAUCAAUUGAACAAGAUAAUAUAACACGUUUAUUAGUAACAGCAACAGCUGAAUCAUCACCAUUAGAUGUUAUAUUUUCUGAACAAUUAAAAAAACAUGAAAAAAUUGUUAAUUUAAUUGAACAAAAUUUAAUUGCACAAGAUAAUAUAUUAACUGCAUUAACUGAUGCAUAUGCUAAAACAGCUGAAACACGUAAAUCUGUUGAAAAUAUACUUAAACAAAGAGAAAUUAUGAUAACAUCAUUGAUAUCAUCAUAUGAUGCAUAUGAAGAUUUAUUAAUUAAAUCAUCAAAAGGUUUAGAAUUUUAUAGAAAGUUAGAAGUUAAUGUUACAAAAUUACUUCAACGUGUUAAAAGUACAUGUCGUGUACAAGAUGAAGAACGCGAACAAAUAUUAUCAAGAAAUGAUAAACAACAACCAGAUAUAUACAGUACAAAAGGUGUAUCAAUUGUAUCAGUUGUUCCAACAUCAGAUAAUAAUAACAUCAACAACAAUAAUAAUUCAGAUAAAAAAAUUGGAUCAGGUAUGAAACUUAAAGAUCAUUUAGCAAAUAGAUUAAAAAUUAAUACAGAUAAAAGUAAUAUAACAUCUAUAACUCAUAUACAACCAUCAAUUGAUUCUUCACAUGAUUUUAAUAAUAUUGAAGAUAUUUAUAAUCCUGGUAAUAAUCCAUUACAUUCAAUUGAUCAACAACAUAUGUAUCAACAAUAUCAAGCAUAUUAUUCAUCAAAAACAAAUCCAUAUUCAGCAGGUCAAUCAUCAUAUAAUGAAACAAUAUUACCAACAAAUUAUAUUGAUGUAAAUCAAAGCUUACCAAGAUCAAGUACAACAAAUACAAAUACAAUGUAUCAACAAGCUGGUAGAGUAAGCUCAACAGAUGUAUCAACUGAUAGUUCUGUAUAUGCAAAUUAUUCUAAUGGUAAUCAACAGCAACAACAACAACAAGGUGGUGGUAGUCACUAUCCAAUAAGUGGCUAUGAUAAUGCAUCACAAUAUCAUAAUCAAUUAUAUCAAGUGCCACAAGUAUCUAUGUCAUCUCAAAUUAGUCAAAAUAAUUAUCAAUUACCAAUACAAAAUCAUCAUCAUCAAAUUCCACCAACAUUACAAAAUUAUCAAAGUAAUAAUCAAUCAGCAACAAUGAAUAAUCAAAAAUCAAUUAUCAUAAGUGGUCAUGAAGAUUUAAAUAGCCAAGAAAUUAUACCACAAACAUCAUAUUAUCAACAGUACAAUAAUGCAACUGAUGAUAAUGCAACAAAUAAUUAUUCAACGAUAACAACAACAACACCACCAAUUAAUCAAGUAACAUAUAGCAUUCCACAAGAUAAUAAAAAUGUCAAUUAUGUUAAUCAAAAUACUCAAGAAAUUCCAGUUAAUACAUUUAUAAAAAAUACAAAUUUUGUUCAACCAGAUAAUAAUCAAGGAACAAAUUAUUUACAGCAACAUUAUUACAAUAAUAUUACAAAUUAUCCACAUAAUAUUUCACAAUCAGCGUACGUUGUACCAUCACAACAACAAACAUAUGUUGAUCCAAGUCAAUCACAACAACAACAAACAUACGUUGAUCCAAAUCAAUCACAACAACAACAAACAUACGUUGAUCCAAAUCAAUCACAACAACAACAACAAGCAUACGUUGAUCCAAAUCAAUCAAGCAUUGCACCAUUGAAUAAUUAUGUUAUUCCAGAUAGCCAAAAUUACAAUACAAAUAAUUAUGUACAAAAUCAUUUAUCAUUAUCAAAUGAAUCUAGAAAUUAUACAAAAGAACCAGAUAUUAUUCAAAGUCAUGCAAAAACAAUGAAUAAUAUACAAAUACCAUAUACAACAUCAUCACAAUAUUCCAUUCAAUCACAUAAUAAUAAUGCAUAUUCAAAUUAUACACAAGGCUAUAAUUUAUCACAAGAUCAACAAUUACAACAAAUUAAUAAUCCAUCAUCAUAUCAGGGUCAUCCAGGAUAUGUAUAUGAUAGUACAAGUGGUGGUUAUCAAUACAGUUCAGGUUAUCAAAAUUCUCAAUUACCACAAGAACAAAUUUCAAUAAAUCAACAAACAAUUGGACAGAUACCAAGUGUCAUUGAUAAUUCACAUUAUACAAAUGCUAAUAAUACACCAUUAACAAGUGUAACAAUAUCAUCAAGUUACUCAUUGGAUAAUAAAUAUCAACCAGAAUUAAAUGAUAAUAAUAAUUAUUAUACAACACCUUAUGGUUUACAACAAACUUAUAAUCAAUUAUCAACAAUAACAACAAACAAUCAAACAAAUAUUAAUUAUGCAAAUACAUAUAUUCAAUCAUCUGAUAAUAAAACAACAACAACAAAUUCAAUAUCAUCAUCAAGUAUUGAUAAACCACAAUCAAAUUUGGAUCUUCUUGCUGGUCUUGAUAUUACAAUUAAUCAUGCACCAUUAUUACCAGAAAUUAAUUCAACAAUUAAAGAUAAAAAUGAUGAUAAAAUUGAUGAUAGUGUAAAUAAUAAUAUUAUUGCUAUAAAUAAUAAUAUUAAUAAUAAUAAGGAUGAUGAUGAUAAAGAUGUAAAAUUAUCAACAAAUUGUAUUAAUGAAAAACUUGAAAAUUUACAAAUUGUUUGGGAUACAUGGUACAAUGAUGUACAACCAAAACAAGAUCCACUUGGUGAUCCAAUAAUUUUACAAAAAUUCAUAACAGAUAUUGAAAAAUAUGAAAAAUUUGUUGAAAGUUUAACUGUUAAAACAUUAAAUGGUUCAACAAAUCUUGAUAUUAAAUGGAAAGAAAUACGUGAUUUUGAAGAACGUGAAUUUAUUAAACAAACAAAUAAUGCUGCAAAAUUAAAUACUGAUAAAAAUAGAACAAAUGAUUUAAUUCCAUAUGAUUCAACACGUGUUAAAUUAACAACAAAUGAAAAAUCUGAUUAUAUAAAUGCAUCGUAUAUUAAAAAUUUAACACAAUGGACACCGUCAUUUAUUGUAACACAAUCACCAAUGUCACAAACAUUUGAAUCAUUUUGGACAAUGAUAUUUGAACAACAAUGUGAAGUUAUUGCAUCAUUAUCAAAUGAAAGUAGUGAACAAGAUAAUAUUUAUUGGCCAACAAAUAUUGAUGUACCAAUGAUUAUUGGUAACUUUACAUUGAUACUUAAAAAUUUAACAAAACAUACAACAUAUAUACAAAGUAUAAUUAAUAUUAUUGACAAUAAAAAAAUUAUUGAAAAAACAGUUGUACAUAUGCAAUUUAUAUCAUGGCCAAUAAAUGGUUUACCAAGUAGUCCUGGUGCUAUUUUAUCAUUUGCAACUGAUAUUAUGUCUGAACAAGCAUUAAGACAUUGUCCAAAUCCAAUAGUUGUACAUUGUAAAAUUGGUGGUUCACUUAGUAGUCUAUUUUUACUAGCAACAGCUACUAUUUGUCAUGUUAGAGCUGGACAUGGUAUUGUUGAUGUGCCUUUAAUAUUUUCAACAUUUGUCAAAUAUCGUAAAUGUUUAAUUGACAAAGAUUAUUUAUUAUUUGGUUAUCGAAUGGUUCUUUAUUAUGCUCAAGAUACUUUAAUGAAACGUGGAAUUUUAUCAUCAACUAAAACAACAUUUGAUGCUGUUUUUAAUGGAGCUGAAGGUAUCAAAGGAAAACAAGUUAAAAAAAAUCAAUUUUGUCAUCCAUCUGAUGAUUUUUUACAUAAUUUAAAUGUUGGAAUUGCUGGGAUAUCAACAUCACAAAAUAAUAGAAAAAAAAUUCUACCAGAAUCACCAACAAAAACAAAUUUCGAUUCCGAGAAUAAGACUGAUCGAGUAAAACCGGUGGAUCCUUUGAGUCAACUUGAUCCAUUAUGGACAAUCCGGAAAUAAUUGAUCAACAUAUUAAUAUGAAUUUAUAGCAGGCUUUGUCAUUUACAUUGAUACAAAUGGUUUUUGAAUAAACACAAUAUAUAUAUAUUACAUACGUACUAUUAGUUUUAGUUUAAAAAACAUGAUUUGUACGUUGAUUAUGCUUUUAUUAUCUUUGAUGAAUACUAUAAAAUAUAUUAAUAAAGUUCAUAAAGAAUUUUGUUUUUUGUCUUAA